AUGUCAUCUCCGUCGGAUUCCUCUUCCUGCACAUCUGAAAGUGAUCUAGAAAGUUUUACAGUUGACGAAGUGAUGGGGGAAUUGUCUGAAUUUGCGCCGUACGACGACAGUUGCGAACCCCUUGCUACCGAGGAAGAAUCCGCGGACUACAACGAAAGAGUUCAUCGCGAAGAAGAAGAGAAACAACAGUUUCAGCGAAGAUAUUCGGGAGAGGUGCCAGCGAAUGAAUGGUAUGGUAUUAUCAUGGAAUGUAGAUUUAUAUUUUUAUUUUCCAAUUUUAACAUACCCGUCGUUAAAUCGUGCGCGUGACGAACGCGACUGUGUGUUUUGUUUAAGUUUACAAUUUCGUUGCUAUGUGAUUAACUGUAGUCCUGAUUUUAUGCGAUAGUUUUAUUGAAGAGGUCAGACAAUUAAUAAUUUUAUACAGACGUAUUUUUCUUGUGUUUGACGAAUUUUUCACAUUAUUUUGCAGGUGUUCGUGCUCGAACUGCUCUGUCAGCCUUGUUACAAAAGCGCAGGAGUGCAUUUGCUACAAAGAGAUCGAUCGCUGCGAAGAGGUCAUGGAAGAAGCCAUUGGAGACCGGACCUUAUGCAUAACCCUCCAUCCAGGGUUUGAAAGCGUCUGCUUAAACCGCCACGUAUUAGAAGUGGCUGCACUGGGCCUAAAAACGCGAGCUGGAAAGUCGUACACAACUGUUCGUGGGCAAAGCAACAAAAGUGAUAAUGAGUAAGUUGGGGUAUUGUUGACUUUGUAUCGGAACGAUCGAACCGUACAUAGCAUUGAAUAAUUGAUACAUCUAAGCUUAUCGCCCUGGACUGAUCUCAUAGAAUCACAUUUUUUAUUUUCUAAAUGGCUUUAUUGCCCCAACUGCUUAUUUUUAAAAGGAGUAUUUAUUUAUCUCCAUCCAAUCCCUCCUUGAAUUAACAGUGAUCUCAUUUCUCUAGCUGAGGUCUGUGGCCUAUCGCCAAUUUACAAGACUGCUGUGGAGUUAUAUUGGUAGUUCCAGGCGAUACCCCUUGCCCUGUUCUGCCUACAAUAAAAUCAGGAAACAAUGUCCGAGUCAAAAUGGCCAUUAUCGUGGAUUCGAAGAUGAAGAAAAUGAAUAA